GGGCAAAAUAUUAGCGUCACUCUACGUCACGUAAAACAAGGAAGUGUUAGACAGUACGUGGCCUUUCCAUCUUGGACCAUAAGAGUAGGAGCUCCACUUCGCGUCAAAAUGGUAACAUUUCCAAUAAUUAUCCCAUUCAUAGAAGUUUAACUAUUAUGAGAACUGAAAUGCACCUAAACUCCACACGUUUUUACCAAAACAAUACCCAUUGUUUGUGAAAUUGUGCUGUUUAGCUUCAUAGUUUAGCUAUUUGCUAACAGAGAGACGCUGGGAAUCUAUCAUGUAAAAGAUUCAUCCUGUCGCCCGGUUAAAACAUAAAGUGCUUCUUGUUAUUAUGCUAUCAUAGUUCAAUCUUUCACAAGAAAUUACCUGUUUUGAAGAUUUUCUAUCCUGACUGCAUCACUCUCUGUCUCUCUUUAUGGCUGCAGGAACUCGAGGCUAUGACCAGAUACACCAGCCCGGUGAACCCGGCUGUGUUCCCCCAUCUAACAGUCGUCCUGUUGGCCAUCGGCAUGUUCUUCACCGCCUGGUUCUUCGUGUAUCCUUUCACGGCUCUUGUCACUUAACGAUGCGAGAUAAACAUAAAAAAUGGGCUAUUAUCGGAGACUGUAACACUAAUGCAACCUGCAGUAGGACCAUACAAGAGAAUAAAAGUGUUCAGUGGAUUCACCUCCAAAUAAUCUUUUUACUUUAAAUAUGAACAACUGGAUUCAUAAAAGCUUAAUUGUCAGUUUUCUGGUGCAGUAAGGCAUGAAGACAGAUUUGUGUGGUAUUCACACUAUGGAGGGUGAACUCACAUCAGCAUAGAAGCAGGGUUCUCAAGUUUUGAGAGUAGUUUGAGAAUAAAGUCAUAACUUACGGGACUAAGGUCAUUAUUCAUGAGAAUAAAGUCAUUACUUAUGAGAAUAAAGCCAUUAAUUUGUAAGAAUGAAGUAGUCAAGUUACCUGUUAUGGAGGAGAGUUGUUAAAAUCAGCGCUGUGGAGCAUUUAGAUGAAUUGUACUUCAGUAUAGGUUUCACAAACACAGAGAUACUUAUUCCUUUGGUACAUCAGCAUUACAUUGUCAUGAGUGUCAGAACUUUAAAAGAAAAGAUGAGAAAUGCUGCUUUUGUGGAGGUGGAAAUGGCUGUACAGAGGCUAAAUUCAGAAAGAAAUUCAAUGCAGCUGUUAAUAGUAGUAGCAUAGGGCUUUAGUUUGUCAUAUGAGUCUGUAUGCCAUGAGCUGUUGAGGUCUCUGCAGAUGUAGGUUACUGACUUACUGCAAUCAUCGGGUCUUUCCUGUCCUUAUGAAACCUGCUCUAUUUCGGCGAGUGUCCGUCUUCUUUUGCAGCCAAACUGCAGGAUAUCAAAAUCUACCUGGAUAUCCCACAGCGUAAAAAUUGUACAGAUACAGGACCCAGAAUUGUAGAAUACUUGAUUUCAAGUUUGAUUAAAUUUCUAUUACCAUCAAUAUCUUUAUCUAGUUCAGAACAUUACAUCAAAACUAUUAGGGAGACAAGUGACAGUUGUCUGGAGAUGAUCAUCAGCAACCUCCACAAGGAGGAUAUGAAAAGUUAAUUUGAAGGGGAAAGUGUAAUGGAUAGAUGCAGAAAAAACAAAGGUCACCACAGCAUUGAGAGGACUGUCAGGAAGUCAAUUCAAGAACAUGGACUAGUAUCACAAAGAGUGGACUGAAGCUGGUGUCAGUGCAUCAAAAACCACCACAAACAGCUGUCUUCAGAAAAAUUGUACUACAGUUUUUACACUGAAUUUCAAGCUACUAAUGAGCCAGAGGCAAUGCCCAAAGCUUUCUACCUGGGAUUGGGAGCAAAUGAAGUGGACUGUUGCUCAAUGGUACCAAGUCCUGUUUUAAGAUGAAAAUAAAUGUUGCAUUUCAUUUGGGGAUCUAGGGCCUAGAGCUUGGGGGAAGAGUUGAGAAGAACAAAAUCCCAGUGUUUGAAGUCCAGUAUGAUGUCUCUUUGUUGUCUGUGAUAAUUGGACUUUGUCUGCCAGUGUUUGUUCACUGUGUUUUAUCAAGUCCAGUGUCAUCUACCAGGAGAUUUUAGAGCAAAUCACGAUUCCACUUGAUGUUCAGCUCUACUAUAAUACCAGCUUCCUUUUCAAGUUGGACUUAUUGCUUGCCCACUGCACCAAAAUCACUGCCAAACUGUUUGCUGGCCAUAUUACUGUGCUUGGUUUGCCAGUCAAUUCACCAGGUUGAAAAGCUCCAAGUACUGAGAGUAAAAUGAAGUUACUUUUCAGAAGUAGGAAGUUUAUGUGUUUUAAAUCUGUUUUUUUUUCAUUGACCUUGGGAAAUACUGGGUUAUUUGAGAUACCAGAGUCCUGAUUUUCGUGAGUAAUCAGCUAUAAUAACUGAAACCAAAACAAUAAGGCUUGAAAUAAAUAAUUCAAUUUUACUUUACAAAUUCAGGAAGAGUUAUCUGUCGAAUACAAUUAAAAUAUUUGCUUUUUUCAAAAUGAUUUCCUGGGAUGCUCCUGUAAAUGUGAUUAUGUCUGCACUGCACACUGGAAACACUUCCAAAUAGCUUCACAGAGGAAGGCAUUUGAUUUUGCUGAAACAUUUAUUGUGAGGCUUGUCCUUAACAUUACACAAGAUAUGAGGUGACGUCAACAAAAUACACUCGAGACGUGUACAAAGAGUUGCUGAUCUCCCUGGUGGCGUCACUUUUCAUGGGCUUCGGUGUGCUGUUCUUAUUACUCUGGGUUGGGAUCUAUGUAUGAAGGUACAUUAAUUUAAACCUACUUUUAUUGUUUUUCAUUUUUCAUCACUGACAGAGUUUGGUUGUUAACUUGUCUUCACCUGUUGUUUCUUGCAGUUCAGGCUGACUGAUUUUCCAGAAUGAGACAUUCCAGUAGAAACAUCAAACACAAGACAAACUGGAUAUAAUUGGACUGCACUGACAAUAUUUGGGGAUCAUGUGGACUCUUUUCACAAGUAAAGGGGAUUUGUAAAAACUUUUGGUGUCUUUCUUUGAGAGUGAAUGAUUUCUGUGAUUUAGGAUGUUCAGGUUCGUAUUUAUUUUAUAUAAUAGUAUAAAUGUUGAUCGACAGCUUUGUGAAUAACAUCACAGAAGUUCACAACAAGUUUACCUGUCCAGUGCUUGAGAUUAGGUUAUUUUAAACCACUGAAGACUAUUUAUGGCGUGUUUUACAAGUGGCGCCUAAAACCUCAAUCCCUGAUUAAUCUCCAUGUUAAAAAUAGAGCCGUCUGUUUCACCUUGUGUCCUGGAUAACACUGCUCACUCUUGUGAUGAAGGAUUACACCAGGAUUAGAGAAGGAUUAUUUAAUAAAAACAGCGAGGGGAUGAUUCAAAGAUCCCCCUUCAAAGACAACUGGGUCCAUAUGAAAAUUGGCUUUUUAAAAAUGUCAUGUAAACAACACAACACUAAUCUUACAAGAGGCAAAACAAACAGCAGGUUCCCUCUCAGUUGAAAAUAAGACAUUUAUAAAAGACCAUGACUGCACUUUGCACAAAAAGGUACAUCAAAACAAAAAAAAACACCUGUAUCUGCAACAGUUAUUUCAGCUUUUGACAUUGUUUGGUCAUGUCUGCAACACAAAUGGAUUUACAAAGGCCACAAAGGUUAGAAGAGCCAAUCCUGAUUAAUACAAUACUGCUGUGACUUAACUUGCCAAUGUAAACCACGUGUCUGGCUCACGGCCUGACAACUAGCAGCCAGCAAGCACAAACGAGACUGUCUCACCCUCUUGACCUGUUAGUGAGCUUUACCAGUUGCCAAACCAGCACCCUGCUUGUUAUAUCUGUUUAUCAAAACAGUCCAAUAUUACUUCAGCUGGUGAUGAUGUUUCUUAAAAGUCUUUCUCAAAACCAUUCCCUCUUCACUGUCGGGCUCUAGCAAAGGCCUCGCGAAGCCACAGAGAGUCCUCAUACAGCCUUGGAUCUCCCAUAUACUCGGCUGUGCGUUUGUAUAAGUAGUAAUACCCCACAGCGACUGUCAAGAAGAAAAGACAUUCAGUGAUCACUCAAGGCUACAGAAACAUAAUCUGUGAGAGAAAAUAGACCUGUGAAGUAAUCCACCAGAUACCUGUUCGUUGAAAAACAAAAAGGGUUUGAAGACCAUCUGUCCAGACAAAACGGCCUGAGUCAAGCCACCUGAGGUUCUACAAAAAAGAAAAAAACAUGCAAGUGAUCAAGUGUUAGUUUAUGAGUGUUGAAAGUUAUGCAAAAUAAUUAAACAUUCUGUCAAUAACAGUAAGAGGAAUCUUACCAUCACCCAGCUGUGCAAGCAAAUGCUAAGAGUCAGAUACAGAGUAGAAAAUAUUAGCAGGGCCCUGAAUCUCUCUAGCAGAAGGGACAACAGGCCAACCUGGAACACGUAUGUGUUGAACAUCAUCAGCAGAAUGAUGAUCAGGUUGAACAAGAUAGCGAUGUCCUGAAUGCUGUGGACAGAUGUUACAGGUUUAUUCAACAUAAUCAAAAGCUUCAUUCAAAAACAUGGUAAUUGUGUUACUAAUACCACAUCAAAAUACGAAAAGGCAAAAAUCUUGGCUUGGUAAAAAGGAUAUGAAUUGUUCUUUCUUUAACAAAUAUGGUACAGAACGUUUUUAUUUUUCUGCAUAUCAUGCAGACAUUAAAAGCAACGUUCAACCUAAGAGAAUAAACUUGUCCAUGAUUUAACAGUUUUGGGGUGCAGAAAUAAGUUUUUAAUUAAGUCCAAGACAUGCCAUGUAAACAUAUUUUUAUGGCAAUAAAAUUUAGUAAAAAAA